CGCGACUGGACGCAUUGGACCCGGAAGCAGGUCGCCGAGGCCGUGAAGGGCCUCAGGCACACCGGCGGUAGCGGCUGCAUCCUGGACACCGUGGAGCUCCUCGACAAGUCCAAGGUCGAGUGUUCGAUCACCACCAAGAAGGGCGUUCGCGCCCUCUACUACGAGAUGGACCUCGAGGUGUCCUGGAAGGGCAGGGCUGCGCCCCGGCUCCGGCCCCAGGAGGGCAGCGGGGAGCUGGACGGCGUGAUCCGGGUGUACAACAUCGCGCACGACACGACGUUUCAGCUGGGUGGGGACGAGAACACGUCCUACAUCUACGCGCUCGGGUGGGACCAGAGACUGAAGGGCGAGUGGGUCGAGGAUCUCAGCACGCAGGCUGCCGAGCUUUUCGACCUCAUCGCCGCCAAG